AUGUCGAUAUCGAUAAGCGGCACGGAAUGGCACGUCUCUCCGCUCACGCCGCGCAUUAAUCAGUCGUCGUUUGGUCCCGCCGCAAAUUCUCGCAGCACACCCCCCCUCCCGCCCGUCGCGUCCCCCGCUCCGCCCCCUCACCCAGCCGACCCGUGCCCGCGACCCGGCCGCACUCGCAGGGCUACCGAUUUCCGAACA